GCUCCAGGCCUCAAUGAGGAGCCCAAACAUGGAGACGUUCAAGCAGGAGAAGGUGGAGGACUUUUAUGACAUCGGGGAGGAGCUGGGGAGCGGCCAGUUCGCCAUCGUGAAGAAAUGCCGAGAGAAGAGCACAGGGCUGGAGUAUGCAGCCAAGUUCAUCAAGAAGCGGCAGAGACAGGCCAGCCGGCGAGGUGUGUGCCGGGAGGAGAUCGAGCGGGAGGUGAGCAUCCUGCGGCGGGUGCUGCAUCCCAACGUCAUCACGCUGCACGACGUCUUCGAGAACCGCACUGACGUGGUGCUCAUCCUCGAGCUAGUGUCCGGAGGAGAGCUCUUUGACUUCCUGGCCCAGAAGGCGUCCCUGAGUGAGGAGGAGGCCACCAGCUUCAUUAAGCAGAUCCUGGAAGGGGUGAACUACCUUCAUGCCAAGAAAAUUGCUCACUUUGAUCUCAAGCCAGAAAACAUUAUGUUGUUGGAUAAGAAUAUUCCCAUUCCACACAUCAAGCUGAUUGACUUUGGCCUGGCUCAUGAAAUAGAAGAUGGAGUUGAAUUUAAGAACAUUUUUGGGACGCCAGAAUUUGUUGCUCCAGAAAUUGUGAACUAUGAGCCCCUGGGCCUGGAGGCUGACAUGUGGAGCAUCGGCGUCAUCACCUACAUCCUCCUCAGUGGAGCAUCCCCUUUUCUGGGAGACACAAAGCAGGAAACACUGGCAAAUAUCACAGCAGUGAGUUACAACUUUGAGGAGGAGUUCUUCAGCCAGACCAGCGAGCUGGCCAAGGACUUCAUUCGGAAGCUUCUGGUUAAAGAGACCCGGAAACGGCUCACGAUCCAAGAGGCUCUCAGACACCCCUGGAUCACGCCUGUGGACAACCAGCAAGCCCUGGUGCGCAGGGAGUCCCUGGUCAACCUGGAGAACUUCAAGAAGCAGUAUGUCCGCAGGCGGUGGAAGCUCUCCUUCAGCAUCGUCUCCUUGUGUAACCACCUCACCCGCUCCCUGAAGAAGAAGGUGCAGCUCAGGCAGAAUGAGGACCUGAGGAAUUGUGAGAGUGACACAGAGGAGGACAUCGCCAAAAGGAAAGCCCUCCACCCCCGGAGGAGGAGCAGUACCUCCUAACUGGCCAGGCUCAAGGUUGCCACCAGGGAGGCCUGGGCCCCACAGGGUUCCUUUCUAUGCAGACUCUUGGACCCCGCUUGUCGCCAGCACCCAGGCAUUCUGCAUCCCUGAGCACUUUGCAAGAGAGAUGGGCAUGCAGGAUUCAGAAGCAUUUGCAGGGGAGCCAGGAGACCCUGGGAGCUGUGGCUGUCACCUCCUGGGAAUGCAGGAGACUCUAGCAUUCCCAAAGCUCUUAAUUCUCCACAAAAUGGACUUUCACCUGCUGCCAACCUCAGAACCUGGGAUGGGGAUGUGGACCUAAGAAAAUUAUGCAAAUGACCAUCAUCAUCAUGGGUGAAGGUCAGAUUCAGGCAGCUUUCCUCACAGGAUGAGGGAGUUCAGAACCAGCCUGUUCAAAACUUACACCAGGAAGACAGAGGCCUCCCCCAUGGGAACAAGAUAAGAAGUGAAAUGAAUCUUGGGGUGUGAGGGACCAAUCCUGUGACCUCCCAGAACACACAUGGAGUCCACGUCUCAUGCUGGCCAACAUAUCAAACCUUCUAAAGCAGCCCAUUUUCAGCCCACUGUGUUGUGAUUUUUUUCACUUUUAUUAAACUUCUGGUUUACCUGAAGCUC